GGAAUUAUUUACAGCUACAACAUCUUUAAUCGAGAUACUCUCACUCACUUUAACUUAGUAGGCCACUUGUUUAAUAUGUGUCUUAUCAACGCUAGGUCGAUCUGCAAUAAAAAGACUGAUUUAGCUCUGUUUGCUUCCAUAUAUCAACCAUCACUUAUAAUGAUAUCUGAAGCAUGGACUAACAGUAAUAUUUCCGAUCUAAGUAUAUCUCUUGAUAACUACCUCCUAUAUAGAAGCGAUAGAUUGAAAGGACGAGGCGGAGGAUGCCUUAUUUAUGCUCACUCUAGCUUAAACUCACUAAUAUGCGAUAUACCUGAACUAAACAAACUGAAGGACUCGGUGUGGAUUGUUUUAAAGCCAUCAAAUUCUAUUACCUUACUGUUCGGCUGUAUCUACCAGCAACCUAACUUGGCAAUAGGUGAAAUAGCAGUAUUAUCAGAGGUAUUCACACUAGCAUCAUCCCUUCCAUUCACAGGCAAACUCAUUUGUGGUGACUUCAACAUGCCUGAAAUUUCUUGGUCUCCAGUCAAAGCUCCGAAACGUUAUGAAUCAUUUAUUGAAUGUCUAGAACUAGGACAGUGGACUCAAUAUGUUAGUAGCCCUACCAGACAUCAAAAUAUCUUGGACUUAGUCUUUACCAGGGGCAUCACCCCCAAUACUGUGUAUAUUGGAAAAAAGUUUCCAGGUAGUGAUCAUAACACUGUCGUGUGUAGCCUUAAUAUAAAAAACACAAACGGUAGACGUAAAAAUGUAACCCUUCGUAGAAACUAUCGCAAGGUAGAUUGGAAUAUCUUUCACAAUUACCUAAGAAGCACUGACUGGGGAACAUUCUUUACUGCAAACAAUACCGACACACUAACCAAUAUAUUUUAUCACAACAUCGAAAGUAUCAUGAACAAAAUCGCACCUUUAGAGUACUGGAGGCCUAAGUUUUCCAAAGAUGUGUUUAUACCGGUCGGUACACGAAGACGUCUGCAGAGACAUUGUACUCGCUUCCACAACUCUAAUGACUUCUCCUCUUUAGUAACGAUGACAGAAAUACUUGUCCAGACAAACACAAUAAGUACACAAAAAGCAAUCGAACAGGAAAAACGUGCUGUCGAACUUAGUAAUAACUCCUCAGCACUCACCACACUCUUUCAAAAUAAACUUAAACGUUCUAAGUCGAGAGGAAACAUAUUUAUUAAAGACAAACAAGUAUACGAAGAUCCUAAACUUGUUACGGAACUAUUUAAUGAACACUUUUGUUCCUCAUUAACUGAUGAAAAACCACUUAAUGAUUCAGAACUUAUCACAGCACCUGCCUGUGAGAUUUCUAACGUAGACUUCAAUGUACAAAAUAUCUCUAAGGCUAUUAGUACACUGAAACACUCCUACACUGAUGGACCAGAUGGUAUUCCGGCUAGCAUGCUAAAACGUGGAGGCGAUGAUAUGUGUGUUUUAUUACUCAAACUAUUUGCAAUAUCACUCUCUACAGCGCAUUACCCUACUGCCUGGAAAACUACACACAUCAUUCCCAAAAUUAAAACAGGACCUGAAGCAAAUGUUGAAAAUUACCGACCCAUAAACAUAACUUCAGUGGUGUCUAGAGUGAUGGAGAAAGUAGUUAAAGCGGCGUUAGUCCAACAUGUAAUUACUAAUAAUCUCAUCUCGGUCUCCCAACAUGGAUUUCUUAGGUCCAGAUCAUGUGAUACAUGCCUAGUGGACUACAUGAAUGAAAUAACUAUGAAACGAGACAAUGGACUCCUUGUAUCAGUCAUAUUUUUAGACUUCAGGAAAGCUUUUGAUAAGGUUCCACACAAUGGGCUACUAGCCAAACUACGAUCCUUCGGAAUCAACAACCCACUCUAUUCAUGGUUUGUUUCAUUCUUAAAGGGACGUAAACAAAUGGUAAAGUACAACGACUGUCUCUCAUUACCUAGACCAAUAACUAGUGGCGUCACCCAGGGAAGUGUAUUAGGCCCACUUUUGUUUCUCAUGUAUAUAAACGUUAUCUGUAACAUCUUAAAAUCUGGGAAACCAUACUUAUAUGCUGAUGAUCUCAAAAUAGUAUACAGCUAUAAGCCUGAGGUUCUAAGUGAAAGUGUACGCCUGAUUCAAGAUGAUCUCAAUAACCUAACUAUCUGGAGCGAAAAGUGGCAAUUACCAUUUAACCUUCACAAAUGCGGGAUCAUGCACUUUGGAAAGCACCCCUAUGAACCCCAACUUUACUUAAAUAAAAGUAAAGUCCAGACACUGAAUUCAGUACACGAUCUAGGAAUAAAUUACACAGGAAGCCUAAACUUUAAAGCACACGCCUCCUUUAUUAUUUCUAAAGCCAGACGCCUAAUUGGCUUCAUAACAAAAAAUUUCUUCACGACAGAUGCCAAGCUUACCCUCUACAAAAUAUGUGUACGACCUUCCUUAGAAUACUGCUCUUUUAUCUUCUCUAAUAUGAAUACCACUGACAAAAUAAGAGUAGAUGUUCAAAGACGCUUUACACGCCAACUGCUAGGAAGUGACACCACUCUUGAUUACACAAGUAGAUGUAAGCACCUCUAUUUAGAACCUUUAUGGCACCGUAGGUUAAGGAACAAUCUGAUAUUUCUCUACAAAGCAAUAAAUGGACUGUCAUUCCUAACCUCCUGUCCAACUAUGAUCAAUGACCCAGUCUAUAGACUAAGAAACAAUGCAUAUAAACUAUUUACCGAAAAACACCAAAAACAAAUGCGUUGUAGGUUUUUUACAGUUCGGUAUAGUUUAUUGUGGAACAGGUUGCCAAUACCUAUCCGUAACUGUAACACCCUCACCAAAUUUAAAAGGCUAAUAACCCUGUUACUAAACUCUAAAGAACUUCAACUAUUCCUUGAACUCCCGCCUACCAAUGAGGCACUUUAUUAUGGACCGCCCAAUAUCUAGACGGAACAAGAAUAUAACGAACUCCAUUGUCGUUAGUAUGAAUAUAGCAAAACUAAAGAAAACAUGCUUUAUCUUUCCCCAUUAUUUAUUGAUUAUUAACCAUGGCCUUCCGCUCCUAACCCUCAUUUUCAGUUUCCGAAUCUCUCUAAUGGAUAAAUUCAAAUUAUUCUUCCUAAAUGUCCUGUCCUUUUAUUUUUCUUAUUACAAGUAGACAGAUAACUCACUAAUCUUAUGGAUGCUGACCAACUAAGGCCGAUCAAAAGAAGCCCAUACGUCCUAAAUUCUUGUGAGUUGUUCAAUGCUUUAUUUUUUCUUACCCUGAAAAUUUUACAAUAUUUACUAUCAUAUCCUCUGGUUUGCUAUUAGCCCUUACCAUCUCUUAACUACAUAUAAUCUGACUUGUCUCUUCUAACCUUUACCAUUAGUUAUCUUCAUAGUAGUACGAUAUAUUAAAUGGAUAUCUAACCAAUAAUACAAAUGUUAUUACCAUCUGAUUUGCUUGUAACAUGGAACUUGUAGAGACAGCGUAUUCCAAAUAAGGUCCUUGAUAAAAGCAAUAUUCAUACCGACCAUAAACGUAAGAGAGCCUAACAUCAUAAAAGGAGGGAGGGUGGCGUUACUGACCAGCAAACAUGAUGGUGGGGAGAUAACUUCAAUCCACCCGUGUCUGUGGGGCAGAACAUAUUAAUUACGGCUCCUUAUGUCUAGUGGGAUGUCACGAACCAACGGUAUUGAUGCGAAAUUAUUCAUGCAAAAUACCACUUUGCAUCAUGUUAAAAAAAGCUGAAUUGGUUCCACUUCCUACCAAG